AUGUCUCAGCCAGCUUUGCAGCAUAUGGAAACUCAUCCUAAAAAUGCAACUCAGUAUCCAGGACGCAUUGUGCUCAAGGCCAAAGGUCGCAUAAAGAGAUGUACCAAAGCUCAAAUGAUUGCUGACUGGCAGCGCAAACUUGAGGCAAGCAAGGCAAGUGAACAAGCUAUACAACAAGGGCAUCAGCAUAUAGCAACCUUCCAGGAACAGAUAACAACAGACCAAGCUGCUGCACGUAUGGAUGCACCGAAGCCUAAACAUCCCCAUGCUCGCCCUAUAACAAAGGCUGUGAAGCUCUCAGCAAGUAUGGCUAGUGAGCAGGCAGGUGCACUAGGUGUCGCUACUGAUAAGGUUGUUGGCACCAAAGACAAGCGUGGCGGGUCCGGAGGUAUGUUAGCAGCCGGUGCUAACAUUGAAAACCCCGCAAGAGAUGAGGAGUUGGAGGUACCAUUGCCUGUGAAGGGCAGAAGUAAGAAAGUAUUGAAGAUGCCAGUAAGGGAUGCAAUUCAAACAGCGGUAGUAGUAGGCACUGAGAGCCUUAUCAAUCCAUCAACAAUGGCACAUGAUGAUCAAACAUCCAAGUUUGUCACCAAUGCCCAAACACCUCAUGCUACUGUCAAAAAGUGGAGAGUCUCUGGGCGUAUCUCAGGCUGGAUGCCCAUUACUGCUACCAGUAAUACUACUUCAUGCUUAAAGCCACCUUCUAUGGCCGUGCCUUCAAUGUCUUCUGAAAUCCAGAAAUUCACUGCUCCUGGUUCUGCUUCUUCCUCUAGGCUCAUGAAGGAGAGUACUAUUAGCUACAAUAGUGCACCCCCACUCACCCCUCAAAGUACUGCUCCUGAUCCUGACGAUGGUGCUGAUGAGGAUGGUGAUUAUGAAUCAAAUGAGCAUGGCUUUGCUAGCGAGGUGCAAAUCAAGGCUUCUGCAGGCACUAAUAUCAAGAUUACUCCCAUUGCUCUCAAUGACAAGGAGGUACUACAAAAUAUGGUACAACAUGCUACAAUUCUGGUGCCUGAGCAGCUUGAUGCCACUGAAGAUGAUGACACUGGUAACUUUACCAUGCUUUCAGACAUGGAAGAGGACAUCCAGGCCCAUCCUUCCACAUAUCCCACCCCCUUGGUGAACUAUGCAUCCGAUUCUGACACUGAUUUUGAGACCCCUCUUUUUGCACAGGCUUCACCCACAGAUCAGAAUUCUGAUUGGGUGUUUCCAUCUCUCGCUCAGCCUCCCUCAACUCACUAUGUCUCUCCAGCAUAUUAUAUCUUGCCAAAAAAUCUAAAGUGCAAGCUCACUGAAGAGGACUUAGUCUUCCCAUCAUCUGAGAUCGAAAUUCUCGAUGGGCCUGACAAAUUGUCAGCCGUACUAGUGAAGAAGGAACCUGAACCAGUAAUACUCUGGCAGACUUCUGUGACCAGGAUUGCUAUCAAGCAUAAAGCUCCUAUGGCAAAGAGGUUGAAGUCUUCCGCUGCAGGUACAGCCUCUCAGGCUUGCAUGAGCAUUAUGCCCUCCCAGGCAACAGAGAUGCCAAGGAUCAUGCUCUCUCAGUCUCAGUACAGGAUGAAGCAUCUUCCUGGAGACGAAGUCUGGGCCAUCAAAGACGGUCCCCUCAGCGCUAGUCUGCAACUAAUAUGGGAUGCCGUCUACAAAGGUGUUUCAUAUACGGUCACUACUGAUGGGCCCGUCAUUGCCGUGAAUGGGCGCAACAGCCUUGGCACCACUGCCCUUGUUGUGUUCGCAAACUUCUUGCGCUCACAGCCUGAUCUCAAGACUGAUGAAGACCGUGAGCAAUUUUCUGCAUGCCUACUUAUCAAGAGUGCAUUCUUGUUUGGGAUGAUCAAGGAUGACAGUAGUAAGCACACAGAGCCAUUCCAGUCUGACCUCAUUGUGCAGGUGCUCACGCAACACCACUGUACUAUCUCUGGUGCUCUUGCCUUUGUGCCGGGGAUUACAACAUUGGGACACAUGAAGGGGGCACUGGGCCUUGCCACUUCAGCAGCAGGUAUUUUCACUAUCUCUUCAUAUAGUUGA